GGCGCGGCCGGCGCGUUUCCCCGGGCUACAGCCGUCGCCGCCGCCUCCUAGUCCGCCGCCCUGCGCCAUGGCGGGCUGCGCGGCGCGGGCUCCGCCAGGCUCCGAGGCGCGUCUCAGCCUCGCUACCUUCCUGCUGGGCGCCUCGGUGCUCGCGCUGCCGCUCCUCACGCGCGCCGGCUUGCAGGGCCGCACCGGGUUGGCGCUCUACGUGGCCGGGCUCAACGCGCUGCUGCUGCUGCUCUAUCGGCCGCCUCGCUACCAGAUAGCCAUCCGAGCUUGUUUCCUGGGGUUUGUGUUCGGCUGCGGCAUGCUGCUAAGUUUUAGCCAGUCUUCUUGGAGUCACUUUGGCUGGUACAUGUGCUCCCUGUCAUUGUUCCACUAUUCUGAAUACUUGGUGACAGCAGUCAAUAAUCCCAAAAGUCUGUCCUUGGAUUCCUUUCUCCUGAAUCACAGCCUGGAGUAUACAGUAGCCGCUCUUUCUUCUUGGUUAGAGUUCACACUUGAAAAUAUCUUUUGGCCAGAACUGAAGCAGAUCACCUGGCUCAGUGUCACAGGGCUGCUGAUGGUGGUCUUCGGAGAAUGUCUCAGGAAGGCGGCCAUGUUUACAGCUGGCUCCAAUUUCAACCACGUGGUGCAGAAUGAAAAAUCAGAUACACAUACUCUGGUGACCAGCGGAGUGUACGCUUGGUUUCGGCAUCCUUCUUACGUCGGGUGGUUUUACUGGAGUAUUGGAACUCAGGUGAUGCUGUGUAACCCCAUCUGCGGCGUCAGCUAUGCUCUGACGGUGUGGCGAUUCUUCCGCGAUCGAACAGAAGAAGAAGAAAUCUCACUAAUUCACUUUUUUGGAGAGGAGUACCUGGAGUAUAAGAAGAGGGUGCCCACGGGCCUGCCUUUCAUAAAGGGGGUCAAGGUGGACCUGUGACGGGCAGUGGCUCCGGUGACCUUGGGGCCUCCAGCCCCGUGCAGCCUGGGACAAAACUGUUUCUGGUCGGCCGCUGCAACAUGGAUUUUCUUAAUCGUUUUACGUCAUUAGUCACUCUUCUGGAAUGUCACUCAAGACCAAGCGGUCAGAAGGCCUGAGGACCCAAGGCCCCACUGGAGCAGUCUGUCCUUAUGCCGAAUCAAGGCGGAACAUGGGUGAAAGAUGAAUAAGAGGCAAAUCACAGCAAUAUUCCACAGCGCCCUCCAGAGUGACCUGGGGAGGACCGAGGCCACACGCCACUGCCCCCGAGGCCAGAGUGUAAGUAAGGGAUAACCAGGACUCCCUGGGAGAGAUGGACUCUGUCCUCAGCAACACUUCCACAGCAGAACGGGGUAGCAGGUACCCCUUCUUAUCAGCAUUAAAAAUGCUUUUACAACCUUUCAUUUAACCGAAAAACACAAACCGCUUUAACCUCUUUAUUUCUGUCCCUCACUGCAUGAACAUCUAUACAAUUUUAAAAAUAUUUCCUCAUAGGAUGCUUUGGCCUUUCAUCUAUUUAAUCAUAGCUACAUAUCUAUUUUUUAUAAGUAGCAGUACACAUUCAAAGGGGUAUUCCUAGCUCAACGCUUGGUGUUCUAGCUCAACUUUUAUCCUGCAGCAAGUAAGCCUAGAUACCUCCACACAAUUUGGCUGAGUGGCUUUGUGUGAACGUGGCCCCAGGCCAAGGGGAUCAUGGCCCUGGCCGGCUUUCCUGGGGGUCUCAGCUCCUGUUGUCAGUGACAGGCGGCUCAAAGGAGUGUCCAUUUCUCUUGAUCCAGAAGUGCUGAGUGAAUGCCUGCUCUGUGCAUGGCCUUAAACAUUGAGAAGUGCUGCUCUCCAUUUAUUUGGGAUUUGAUUCUCAUUUUACCAUAGCUUAUAUUCUCAAUUUCAAUGUCAGUCUCAGAACUCUUGUUUUAUGUGUUGUGUUCUCAAAAUUACAUUGUCCCUCAUGUCAUUUCAAACUGUUUUCAAAGGGAUUUGAACAUACACAACUACAAAUCCAAGCAGACUGACUCUCAAAAAUAAUCUUAAAUACUGCAAAUAGUCCCAACCAAGAUUCAGUCAAUAUGUUUGUUUUGCAAGUUUGGGAGAGUAGUUGACUUUGAGUCACACAUGGAAGCUUUAAGAGGCUUUAAGCGUGAAACGCUGGCUUCAUUCUGGACUAGACAGGAACUUGGCCUCAGCGUGAGAUCCUGCCAUGCAGUGUUACGGUGGCACUGAAGAAGUAUGAAUGUGAAGGCGUGGGCUUAGGGCCAGAGCACCACUCUGCUGCCCCACCACGCAGCUUGUGAGGAGCCACUAAACCUUUCCGUGCCUAGACCUCCCCAUCUGUGGAAUGGGGUCAAUACCACCUACCUCACAGGGGUGUUGUGAGGACUGAGAAGAACAAUGCCAAAUGUUUUUAAUACUCGGAUGUGGGGGCGACAUCAAUGAAAUCUGUACUGUAUAAAAGCUUCACAAAAAUGGGCAGACAUUUGGUUAAUUGUACCAGAUACCUAAAAUGUAUGUUCAGAAAAGCAUUUUAUCAACUCAGAGAUACGACGUGUUUCUAGAUUUCAUGGCUUAA